UCUGUUUCUCACCCUCUCUAUCUGUCCUCCUCCUCCUCCCGUCUCUUCGUCUCUUUUCUGUUCGUCGCUUUCUUUUUCUCUUCUGUUUGAUUUGAACUUUUCUUUUUUCUGCUGAAGCUAUUUUUCCUUCCGUCGGUUCAGUUUCUCAUCUUCACUUCUGUUUUCCGCUGACAACAUCGGAAGCUGUAUUUCACUCCGUCACAGCUCAAUGUCCGGCACUUUCUUCUCUGUGCCGGUGCUUUAAUAGUCUAUCGUCCCGUCCUUUGUCUUUUUUCUCUCCACAACUCCUGGUCCUCUUCACCUUUACUACGCUCCUCCAUCCUCUUUCACUAAAGCUCCUCUCAUCUGCUGUGCUUCUGCAUCAUGGGGAAGACAGAACUGUGCUCUCUCUAUGAGGGCUUCCUGGACUGUGUUUGCCUCUGCAUCUCUCGAAGCAGCAGAGAGGCUGCAGGCGAUAAUGAGCGAGACACGGAGAACGGACACCUGAUCUAUAAAAGUGGAGACGUCCUCGACGACAGAUAUGAGAUAGUCGACACUCUGGGCGAGGGUACCUUUGGGAAGGUGGUGCAGUGUUCGGACCACAGCAGAGGAGGAAAUCCGAUUGCUCUGAAGAUCAUUAAGAACUUGGAGAAAUACAGAGAAGCAGCCAAACUGGAAAUCAAUGUUUUGGAGAAGAUCAGUAAGAGAGAUCCAGACCACAGACACCACUGCGUGCAGAUGCUGGACUGGUUUAACUACUGCGGCCACAUGUGCAUCUGCUUUGAGCUGCUGUCUCUCAGCACCUUCGACUUCUUGAAAGCAAACAACUUCCUGCCUUAUCCCGUUAACCAGAUCCGACACAUGGCCCACCAGAUCUGCCACGCGGUCAGCUUUCUCCAUGACAACAAGCUGACUCACACCGACCUGAAGCCCGAGAACAUCCUCUUCGUCAACUCAGACUACUCCCUCGUAUACAACGCUGAGAAGAAGUGCAAUGAGCGGAGAAUAAAUGACACCACAGUGCGACUGGUUGACUUUGGCAGCGCCACCUUUGACCACGAACACCACUCGGCCGUCAUCUCGACGCGACACUACCGAGCUCCAGAGGUCGUACUGGAGUUGGGUUGGAGUCACCCAUGUGACGUGUGGAGCAUCGGCUGCAUCCUGUUUGAAUACUACGAGGGCUUCACCAUGUACCAGACUCAUGACAAUAAGGAGCAUCUCGCUAUGAUGGAGAGCAUCCAGGGACCGGUUCCCCAGAGAAUGAUCCAAAGCAGCGUAAAGCAGAAGUAUUUCCUCCGUGGGCGUCUCAACUGGAACGAGUGCUCCAAGGCCGGACGCUACGUGAAAGCCAAGUGCAAACCGUUAAGGAAGUACUUGUUGUCACAUGGAACCGAGCACCACCAGUUGUUUGACCUCUUGGACAGGAUGCUGGGGUACGAGCCCUCGACACGCAUCUCUCUUUCCACUGCCCUGCGUCAUCCCUUCUUCCUGCCUCUCCAUCAGCCAGGACGGAGUAAAGUGUGGAGGAACAGCUGCGACACGAGCAGAGGAGACCCCGAAUAGACACUUGAUCCUGUGCGGACCAUAAGUAUCACUUUCUCAACUGCAAAACGUAAAUACUUAACAUCGCAUUUCAAUCAGGAGAAACUAAUUGAAGUUAUGCAUUUAUUUUUUGUUAUUAUGCACAAUAUGAAAGGUUUAAGAAAUACUUUAUGUGAAGAGUCUUCGGCAAGUAGACCAAUGUUUUGGGGAAGUCGUGGGGGGGAUAUUACCCCGCGGGAUUCGGGUGGUGGUGAAAAGUUGAAGAUUUGGAUGGAUGUAAUCUGGAGAUGGAUUCCUAACGAGCUCAGUGGAAGGACCCUUUAGCAGGAGGUGCUGAUGAGAGGUGGGUCGUGUCAAAUCGUCCAAUGAAAUAACAGCAGAGAAAGGAGUAUCAGUUCGACUCCAUCCAGAUGAUAGGUGACGCCCUCAGUCAGCUGAUGGAGAUACAAAUGGGAAAUAAAACAUCUAUUUACAUCAUUAGAGUGAGGCAACUCAAGGCCUUUGUAGUCACUGUGUCGAGCAGGUUUCAUAAACACACUGUUCUCAUGCAGUGUUCAAAGUUAUACCGAUGAAAAAUACAUAUCCUCCAGACUCAAUGUGUAUGUAAUCCAGUAAACAUGAAGCCGCCAGCAGCAGCGUGGGCUUUUGGACGGUCAGACAAAAAACGGUAAAGUUAACGUUGAUUUAUUUGUCGCUUAACUUGAGUGAGGACACGUUGACCUGUGAACACAACUCUGAUAUAUAAUCUUUAAGUUGUCAUAGUAGACGUUUUAACAGUUGGAUGUUUACACUCACAGCAGACACAGAGUUUCUGACCACCUGAUGAAAAGUAAAGUCCUUUAUUCACUCUCUUUUAGCUCUGGUUUUGUUCUCUGUCGGUUUCUGAGGGGAAUGUCUGUCUCCACCAUGUUUACCUUUGAGCUUGUAACUUGCAAUCCUUGACUUUCACUGAAUAGUUUCAACAGUCUACGUUGUGUCAAACAGAAAUGAGUAGAAACCAAUGGAUGAAACGGUGAGCUAAUCUCAAUAUAUGUGAAUGAAAGUAAACGGGCUCAAACCGUCAGAACCACCUGCUGUUGUCUGACUGAUCGUCACGUGGAACCAAAUCAGCUUCAAAAUGUGAACAAAUAAAACGGUACCUUUAAAAUGUAGCUACAAAAGCUUAUAUGCAACUUUUAAAAGUACCUUUUCAGUGGUACGCUCUGUCACUAAUAAUAAUAAUACUAAUAGGUGUAUUUUUUGUAAUACAUUUGGUAUUGAAUGACUUCUUGAGUAGUUCAAUAAUUUCAUUUCAUCAACCCGUUCAUGUCUCAACACAAACUGCCGUUUACUCGCUGAAUUGAGUCACAAAGCUGAGUGCGCUCCCCAAUUUUUGACUGAAUAAGACCUUAUUUUGUAAGUGUGGGAGGUUGUGUGUACUUUUAGGUGUGUGUGUGUGUAUAACGAGGGUAUGUAUAAGUUUGUGUAUAUGAUCUUCUUCCUUGGCAAUGCUAAAAGUGCAUGUAGGCUGUCACUAGACACGAGCAUCACAGAUCUGUAUUUGUGAAUGGAGAUUUGUUGAAAGAAAGUAAAUCAAUGUCUUUGUCUUUAAUACAUAACUUAGAUACUUAGUACACACAACUAGACCAAAGUCCAAACACAUUAUAUUAUAUGUAGAAUGAAAUGGGAGAUUGAUGCAUGGUUGUAUUAUAUAAGAUGUCUUAGCUGCAGGACCACUUCACUUCACAGCUCUGGUAUCAGUCUGAAUCAUCUGAGACUGGUUUUCUGUCUCUAUAUGAGCCCUGCGAUGGACUGGCGACCUGUCCCGGGUCAACCAGCUGGAGAAGCGGUUCGGAUAAUGAAAUGUGAUUACACAAAAGACACGACUGUAAUGUCUCAAUUUGGUCUGUAUUGCUGUGUCUCUCUGGUAUUCCAGGCGUGUGUCUCGAGCUCAUUUGAGAAGCCCCCUUUUAAUUCCCCCCAAAAUAGUCACUGCUGAGAGCCAUUUAAAAAAAGAUAUAUUUAGAAAUGCUACGUUCACUAGAUGUAUGAGUGAAUCUCCUGAUGGUGAAAUUGAAAGAAUUAAAAUGUCUGAAGUGUCUCUUUUUGCUCGGCGCAAACACACACACACACACACCACACCACGAGCCAACAUUAUACACUGGAUUUGACAAAUUGUGAAUUGCUCAUCAAAAAUAAGCUUAUGUAAAUAAUUGUCAGACAUUGUGUGUAUUAUUGAUUUAUCUCAACUCCUCCACCGAUAUAAGGAAUUAGAGGAUAUUAACGUAGCUCAGAUGUACGGUUGGUAAUGUGCUAACCUCUGAGGAGAAAUACUGACACGGGGUCGAUGCUUGGAUGAAUGAACUGAUUCCAGAUCUGCACUGAACAUGAGCUUGAAGGAGGAGGGGCUAGUCUCGGUGAUCUUGUUAAGGCAUGAAAGUGUCCCCACCUGUCAGAAACCAAAGUGGUUCGGUCAGCAGAGGGAAGAGGAAAGAAGGGUGCAAGGGAUCGAAGGAUGUUAAGUGGGCUGGGUGAAGAGUUUAGAGGCUGUGGGAGGGCCAAAGAGGACAUUUAGAGUCCAAAACUCACUGAGGGGAGACAUUCAACGAUAUUAUAACACAGAAAAUGUGCAAAUAGGAAAUACAGGCAUGCAUAUGGAUAACGCUUAACUUUAACUUCCCCAAUUCAGCCCUCAUUAGCUUCAUGAACCUUUCACCGAGCCAAAUUCAUUGGAUAUGUAAUGUACUGGGCAAUACACAGUUCUGAUUCUGAUUGUAGUUAAUAAAUGAUCAAACACACUAUUAUGCAAAUAAACAGAUUUAAGUAUU